GUUGAAAGAAUUUUGAUUUUCUAUUUUUCUACUUUAGUUAAAGUAUAACACAUUAUUAUUCCUUUAAUAGUGAUGAAUAUUGUUGGAAUAUCAAGUUUAAAUUUUAUUAUUUUCAGUGUUAUUGCUCAUGAAAACUUGCAAAGUUUAGUUAUCCCGAAUAACGCCGUACCUCAAAUGAUAAAUGACAUAAAUUUAGAUAUUAAAACGUAUAAAAGUGGAUAUAUUGACAAUAUAGAAAAAUUAUCACUUUUGAAUAAAGAAGACACUGUUGUGACAGCUCAAAGUAAGCAAGUUGAUAAAACAGAAAUUUCGACACCAUUUUCAUUUAAUAUCUUAUCCCAUCGAAUGAAUCACUGUUAUCCUUUUGGAUGUCUUGGGAAUGCGGACUGCUGGCGAAGACCGCCUUGUCAGCGUUGUGUUUUUGCCAAUCGCAGUCAUUGUGAAUAGAUAAAUGUUGUUAAAAUAGAUAAAGGUAAUGUAAUAUAUCUACAUUAACUAGUAAUACAUUGAAUUCUAUAUCAAUCACUGGGUUAUAUUGAAUAGUUUUAUCUACAUCGUUGAAUUGGGAUAUAAAAAUGCAUAUAGUGUACUUAAAUAACUGAAUGUUUUAACAAUGAUGUUGCAUUAUCUAUAGA